GGACGUUUGUUGCUGUAACGUUCGGCCAGAGUGCACCGAAAGGCUCUGUAUCGAUUUAUGAGGUGCUUUGAUUUUAAUAGUUUGAUUUUAAAUGAGUGAUAAAAGCGAGAGUAAUUAUGAUAAAAGCAGAAAUCGUAGCGUGGUGUAUGUUUACAGUCCGGAGUACAUCCAGACAUGCGACUCGCUGUCUAAAGUGCCAAACCGGGCGAGUAUGGUGCAUUCAUUGAUUGAGGCGUAUGGCUUAUUAAAAUACAUGAGGGUGGUGAAGCCUCAUGUGGCUUCAAUAGAGGAGAUGGCCGUGUUUCACACAGACUCUUAUCUACAGCACCUGCACAAGAUCAGCCAGGACGGGGACAAUGAUGAUCCUCAGUCUGUUGACUUUGGACUGGGUUAUGACUGUCCGGUGGUGGAGGGUAUUUUUGAUUACGCGGCUGCUGUUGGAGGAGCCACUCUGACUGCUGCCCAGAAUCUCCUUGAUGGAAAGAGUGAUGUGGCCAUCAACUGGGCCGGAGGGUGGCAUCACGCCAAGAAGGACGAGGCAUCUGGGUUCUGUUAUUUGAAUGACGCUGUUCUUGGAAUCCUCAAACUGCGCGAGAAGUAUGAGAGAGUUCUCUAUGUGGAUGUGGACCUUCACCAUGGAGAUGGUAAUAACACUUCCAUAACAAUAACCAUAACAGCCUGUUGUUUCAUGUUUCAAGCCAUGCCAGAGUUGGAGCUGCAGGCUCCACUCCAGCGCCCAGAGUCUGAUUACCCAGCUGAUAACGGAGACUGGAGCUCUCUUCGCAUUAUAAUUUCUUUGACAGGCACAGGUGAUGUGACUGACACUGGGCUGGGUAAAGGACGCUGGUACGCUGUUAACGUCCCCCUCGAGGAUGGCAUCCGUGAUGAUCGGUACUGCCAGACCUUCACUAGUGUGAUGCAGGAAGUCAAAGCUCUGUUUAACCCUGAAGCAAUUGUGAUGCAACUUGGAGCGGACACCAUGGCGGGUGACCCCAUGUGCUCCUUCAAUAUGACUCCUGUUGGAGUUGGAAAAUGUCUGAACUAUAUAUUGGACUGGGAGUUACCCACUCUGCUUCUAGGUGGAGGCGGCUAUAACCUUGCCAAUACUGCCCGCUGCUGGACCUAUCUAACAGGGACCGUCCUAGGACAGACUCUGUCUUCUGAGAUCCCGGACCACGAGUACUUCACUGAAUACGGCCCGGAUUAUUCCCUGGAGAUCAGCCCGAGCUGCCGGCCUGACCGCAAUGAGAGCCAGCAUCUGGAGCGGGUCAUCAGCACCAUCAAAGGGAAUCUGAAGAAUGUAGUUUAGCAGUGGGCUCCCAGCUCAUGUUUCCAAAUCAGGCCCUGCUCCUCUAAUGAAGACAAUAUGUCGGAGCCAUCGCCAGAGGGGAGCUUAGAAAACAUUACUUGAAUGUUUCCAGGGAAAAAAAAUGUAAAUGCAGAGAUGGGCCAGUGUUGCCACAUUUGAACGGUUUUAGUCAAUGUUGGAUCAGGGGCAAAUAUUUAAUGGGUGUACUUUUUUUUACAGAUAUCCAAAGCCAUUUUCAGGUGAAAUUCAGUGUGAAUGCAACAUGUUGUGCGUGCAGUAUGUCACAGAUAACCUUUUUUUCUGUUUUAACUAUAUGGGAUCAUUUGAAAGUGAGAUAUUGUCUUGUCAAAGAUGCAUCCCAGAAACAUGUCGAACCAUGGUUUAGAUGCACAGGGCAAGUCACUGAGAUCUUUACAGUUUGGCUUCAUCCCCCUUAAUGAAACCAUCUUUUAUAACUUUUAACUGCAAUAUCUUGCAGUGAAAUUUAAUAGGCAGACUGCAUAAGUGAAAUUGAAUAGGCCGACUGACCAAAUUCCAAGUCAUGUUGGCUUCAUGAACUGUUUUAUGUUGCCUAUGGCAUGCUUUUUACCACAAUGUUUAUUUUCUCGUCUGACGAGUGAGUCAAAA